GACAACUAAGUAGUCAUGUCAUAUAUAGUGUUAUAUUUUUUUACGGAAAAAUUAAACAUAAAGGAGCAUUGUAUAGCUGGAAAUUCUAAGGAACUUCAACAAGGCAAAUCUUUAUUCAAAGUUUCACUAAAAUUACUGGUGGCAAUAUCACGGCUGGCUGGUUGGUGGCGACAUUCCCUCAAAACAAGACCGGUGUUGACCAACACAAUUGUCUAUGCCAGCUUCUAUACAGCUGCAGAAUUGUCUCAGCAGACAUUUAAUAAGAUUUAUGCACCUGAGAAGCCCGAAUUGGAUUUAAAAAGUGCCGGUCGAAUCGCUGCAGUGGGCAGCACUUUAUACGCGCCAACAUUAUAUUUCUGGUACAAAUUCCUAGACCGGAAGUUUGUAGGGACUUCGAUGAGAGCUGUUCUUACCAAAGUAGCUUCUGAUCAGUUUCUUAUGACUCCAGUAUUGCUGGCUGGUUUUUAUAUUUUGCUUGGAUUUCUCGAAGGUAAAGAAGACGUGCUAGAAGAAUUGAAACAGAAAUAUUGGAAGACAUUUAUAGCGAAUCAAGCGUUCUGGAUUCCGGGACAGAUAAUUAAUUUCGCAUUUGUACCUCCAAAUCUGCGAGUAGUUUAUGUUGCCUCUGCCUCAUUUCUUUGGAUAAAUAUAUUGUGUUUCAUCAAAAGACAGAAAGUGGAUGUGAAGGAAACGUGAAAGUUCAAAUAUUGUUGUUCGAUAACUAAUGUUUUUAUCGUUUGCCUAUAUAGUUAUAAUUUAUAAAUAUGUUCAAUAAACUAAUAAAUUAUUUCAAAACGUUUAUAUAUUUAUAAGCUGGGUGUUAUACAUACAUCAUUUCAAGUCAAAAGUGUAGUGUAUAUUGUUUUUCUU